GCGGUCAAACCCUUCGACUGACGGAAGGGGGGGAAGAGGCUGCGCGGUUUGCGGUGACUCGCUGUGAAGCCGUGGCGGCGGUUAGCUGGUGCGAGGCGAGCGACGCGUUAAAACGACCGCAGGACGGCUCGUGCCUGGCGGUUCGGGGGGCACGUGAACGUCUGGACCGCAACCCGACUUUCUGUCUGCGUCAUAGAAGCUAAAGAGGUGAACAAUGGUGCUGUGCCCUGAAGGUUGUACAUCCGGAUCAGGAGGAGAAUCUUCUUGCAGUGAGGCGGGUUCCAGCUGUCUUCAGUUUGGAGUUCGCUCCUAUCUGCAUCACUUUUAUGAAGAGUGUUCGUCCUCCGUGUGGGAGAGGGACCCAGAGAACCGGGGGUCAGCCCACGGCCACAGAACCGCCCUGUGGUGGAACUCAGCUGUCUGGAAGGUGUCCUUGGCUCUGGGUCUGCUGAUGCUGACGGCAGGUGUUGUGUCUCUCUCCGUCGCUUACUCCGCACCCCACAAAAUUGAGUCCUUCGGCGAGGGAGACCUGUUCUUCGUGGACCCCCAGGCCAUCAGCUACAACAGGGGUCUGCACUUCAGCACGGCGUCCGGGAUCGGGCUGUCGUGCCUGGGCUCCGCGCUGGCUGUGAUGGGGGUGGUCGUCUGGGUCCUGCCCAAGGCCAACCUUAAAGAGCGGCUGUUCCACCAACCGAGGGAAGCUGAUCAGCGGGGGGAGCCGGGCUCGAAGUGGAGGGGAUUCAGGGAUGUGAUAACUAAGCCGCCAGAUACAGGAGAAGGAAAGAUGCCUUUUACUCUGGCUAAAGUGAAAAAUGUGCAACCCGCUUCCUAGAGAGAGGCACAUAAUCUGAUUCUGACCCCUUGUUUACAUCGCUUCCCUGUCGUCUCUGAUUGGAUUAUAGACUCACUAUAGACUCACACAUACUGUGUAGUGCGUUCACAUUUUAAGUCUGAUUUUUUUUUUUUAAAGUCUUCCAUCACCAUCUUCAAAACACAUCAAAUUUAUACAUUUUAUAGUCCGAAUUUGGACUAAAAAAAUGAUUUAUUUUUAUUACUGAAGUUCUUCUAAGGAUAACAAUUACUUUCUUAAGAUUUCCUUAAAAUACAGGUGUUUUUGAACAAAACUUUAAGCCAUAACUGGGUUACUUUAUGAGCCCUAAAGAACAUUAGAGCCACCUGAAGAGUUUUGAUAAUUAGAAAUAAUCAUAACAGCUUUACUCUUUAAUAAAAAUGAGACCCAGAGAAAUGACCCAGUUAAUGUGAAGAAGCAGAAAAACAGAGCUAUUGACUGUGGGAUGUAUUUGUUCAGCACACAACCGUUAUAAUUUUAACACACACCCAAUAACACACCAGAUAGCUUAUUGAGUACAUACUGUAUGGACUGAUCAAACACAAUAAAAGUAUUGGUACAAUGUAAGUUGUAAGGUUUACAGACAGCUUUCAGCUUGGUGCGGUUGACCGGCAACCAAAUGGAUCGAACUUGAAAAAUCCAAUUAUAUUUUAUCUUCUUUACAGUGAAUUUGCCCUACCUAAGAUGAUGCUUUACACCAUUAACUACAGUUUUAAGAACAUCAUAAUACUUGGAGAUUUUUUUUUUUCAUAUUUGUAGCUCAUGAUAGUUGCAGUAGUAGCACCACCUGUCAGACAAAAAGAUUGAGCACAAGAACUGAGAAGUCAGCCUUGAACACAGAAGUCACCUCGAUGAAAGCAUGAAUAGAAAAGUGCUAAAUAAAAACAAAACAUAUGUCAGGAAACAGAUAGAUGUUUUAAUUUCUGCUCCGGUUUUUGUGCUCACAUUUCUGCUAAUCUGCUAAUAGCGGUGCUAAUUUUUAGCUCUGCGCUUUAGUAGCUUUGCUAGCUUGAAAAUGUUUAGCGCACUUAGCUUCCCCUAAGUUAAUUUUUCCAGAUAAAUCCCAAACUGAUUAUUUACUGGACUAUUUUGUAAACUUUCAAUUAAAUGAAAUUCAGCAUCUUUGUUGAAGUUUUGGUUACCCACUCUUCAUUCAUGCUCUUAUUUUGAAGUGGGUGAAGGCUGUUUAAUCUGCAGCGCCGUUUCUUUUCUUUACAUGCUUUUUUUUUUUCUCUCCCUCCCAAUAAUUUUAUUUAAAGUAAAAAAAACACAUAAACAAAAUAAAACUGACAGUAGAGAUCAAGAUAUAAACAUAAAAACAAUAAGUAAGGACAUUAUACAGUGGUGUAAAAAAAUGUGUGUCCCCUUCUUGAUUUUCUUUUUGUUUGUUUGUGUGAGCAAAUAUUUAUGAAUAAGGCUUUACGGCUAGAGCGAUUAGUUAAUUGGAGACAGGUUACUGUUUUCUAAAUGAGGUGGACGAUUGUGAGGGGGAAGCUCAUGGUCAAAAAUGCACGAGUUUUGACUACAUGUUAAAUUAUCAGCACCAUCUAGUGGCCCGGCAUGACAACUACAGCUGACGCAGGGUGUCUUUGCUGUGUCGUCUAAACAUGGAACUUUUUCCCCAAUCAACAUCUGAAAAUACCAGCAGUUUCCAGACUGCAGUCUCAUGUAAACGUAGCCUUAGUCACAUGGUCGGUACAGUCAAACAGUCUCCUUCAUUUGGCUCCUGCACUGAAUAAAGAUAAUUGCAGCAGGCAUAUAUUGUAAUAAGUAACAUUCAGGUGGAACAUUUUAAGAGACAAGUUGUUUUCUAUUUAUUAAUGAGAUUUGCUGUUAUCAGUAGACUUUUUUUUUUUUUUUUUUACCUGACGGACAGAAAAAUUUAAAUCCCACAAUGAAAGAGCAAAUUUUCCUGCUCGACGUACUUUGUGUCUCUCCAAACCCAAAACCUGUCAUCACCUCAGUCGUUUAGCUGCUGAAUCCCUGCUAGAGAAAUCUGUCUCGACUUCGACACAAACCACGUUGUAUUUCAUCCCGUACGUUUGGGAUGGUCCUUAUCAUCCCAGCUGUUUUGUAACCCUUUCAAAAAGAGAAACAGUUUUUGCUGAAUAAGAAAAAAAGAAAUCCAUCCUCCUCAGCUACCUAUUACCAAGAAGCUCAAACACGUUUCCUGCACAGAUCAAAGCAGAGAGCGCUUACUCCAUCUUUUUCCUGCGGUGUCAGUAAGCAGCUUCAGAUUCAUUUGAUGUAAUACCUUUGGAAAGGUCUUUUCCUCAAACACAUUUUACUUUAACAAAAGCAGGCAAUCGCCCUCUCCGAUCCCAGAUGAGAUGUAAUCGUUCGUAUAUGUAUCUGUUUUAGGCAGAUAAGACUCCGAAGGCAAUUGUGAGGUUUUGUUUGGUUUUGUAACUCUUAAAGUAUAUUUGUUAUCCAAAAUGCUCCCACUUUAAUGGAUAACAUAAGUUCUUUUCAUGGUAAAGAAGUAGAAAUCGUUUUGCAGCUGCAGCUGCCUAAUAUAAAAAUGUUAGCAGAUACAAAGUGAGUAAACUUUAACCCACAGUAGCAUAUUUUUAACAUCUGAGAAAUUCACAUGCAGACUGCUAUUGCAAGUAGCUAUGGCAACCUUGCAAAUCACACUAAUUGGUCGUAAGUUGUACACAGUUCAAGUCAUUCAUCUCUGUAAUUGUUUUGUCUCUAUUUUAUUAAAAUUACAUCCUAAUUGACUAGAUAGUUGCAUGGAGCACGGCAGCUGUUUACUGCCACGUUCAAAUUAACUGAUAAGAUUUAAAAGAUAUCGAAAGUCAAAUUUUCAGUUUAAACUUUUUCCAACUGUUUAUGAUGUUUGUUUGUUUUUUUUUUGAGAGAGAGAAAUCUGAAUUCAUUCGACAGAUCGAAGCUGUACAAAACAAGGAAUUUCAUUUGGAGUCAUAGUGAUUGGUGAAUAUUUUGCAUCACAACACCUCUUGUCUCUUUUAACUGCAACGUUUUAUUCCACUUCAGUUUUGGGGUGGUGACUGAGUUUGGCUGCAGACUGCCUGUUGUUUUCAACCACUGUCCAGUGAUGGAGAGGAUUCAGUGGUCUAUGCUGUGGGUUUUACAGAGCAGCAAUAUCUCCAUCCUGACUAAGCGACUUGGUUUCAUAAGCUUUGUGGUUAUUCAGGCAGUUGUUUUGAUUUGUUUUAAUUAAGAAAACAGUAGAAAUAUGGAUGGCAACUCUUCUUUGAACUAAGUUUUUGUUAAAUUACCAAUGACGCUCUGUAAUAUACCAUUGACUACCUAAGAUUUGUAGAUUAUUUUAUUAUCUGUAAUUUUUUUUUUGUUUUUCCAUAUAUUGUUAGACAUGAAAUGGAAGACUUAGAAAAGGGCAUGCUUUUUUAUUUUAAUUAGAUUGGAUUUUAUGUCUUUGACAAUUUAGCACUUUUAUUUAUUUAUUUUUUUUUAAUAUCAACAUUAUUUUAAAAUAAUAACUAUGACUUCCACAUCUGCUACAUAGAGGACCCUGUGUGAGACCCUCAUCAGUGUGGUGACAUGCAGACGGAGGCUCUAGAUAAGAAAAUAUUCAUUAACCAUCUGGUUUUACAUUUUCACACAUCUGCGCUAAUGCUCGGUUUUACUGUAUGAAACACAUGUAGAGUCACGCAUGCUGCCACUCACCCGGUCACCCCCACACACACUGUAAUUUGUACUCCUUUGACAGUACCACCUAUUUUCUCCCCACUGUAAUCUGUUGCUGUAAUUGCCUGUAAUCUGUGUAUCUAGGCAACAGUUGGGCUGCAAGUGCUCUAUUUUGAACUCAGAACAAAGUCUCUCUCCUGAUUGGUCCUUCACACCGCCAUCUCUCUUUAUCAUCACAUGUAUCAGAUUUGUUGUUUUCAGGUAUAAACAGUAGUGGCGCUGAGGUAAAGGGAAAUUGCCACCUGUCCGGUUGGGUCCUCCUGUUCGCCAGGAGUUAAAAACUGUACAUAGUGGGACCGCCGUAGUGUCGGGAUAUGCUGCAGUUGUUCAGGUGGAUGUGACCGUGUUUUGUCGUUUGCCAUUUUAUUGUUUUCCAGAAAUAAAACUGGGGUUAGCAACAGCAGUGAAAAGCAAAGGACCAAAAAUAAAAUUGUAAUCUGCAUACCAAGUA